UCCAACGCCCAACGCCAACCAACCUCUUCUCCGCCUCUUCUUAUCCACACUUCUUCGUCGCUCUUCUCUUCUUUCCCUUCAUUAUUUCAGCAUCGGAGCAGCUCUACUUCUGUAUUAUACGGCCAGGUUCUCUGUUACCAACACCCACAAAUUAAUUUCCUGUAUCAUACCUCACAUGUGUCGCUAGAAACCAAAGUCACUAUGUCAUCCUCACCGUGUGCGCCCCGCAGCACGCUCUGCAGCGAGCCCUUCCCAGAUAUCUCCAGUUCGCCGCCUCCAAUGCCUUCAACUACCUCUGGUACCCGAAAGCAGAAGAAGCCGCCGCCCAUCACCCCCAGACGCUUAACACGCUUCUUCACUCCACGGACAUCAACCCACGGAUCCAGCUCUCUUUCCAAAUCCGGUCGCCAACUCCAGGAUAUCACUCGAACUGCUGUAAAUCGAAGCGGCAAUGCUACCAAGAAGACUACACCUCGCAAAUCGGUCAAUUUUGCUGAUGUCACCCCUCAAAACCCCGUCGAGACGCCCAAGAUGAGCUCGCGCAAACGCAAGUCCCUGUACAUGUCGCCCGAAACCUCUCCAGCUCAGUCUUCACCCACGAAACGGUCCAAAUACGUUGACUCCCCUCCCUUCACGAUCCUCGAAGAUCCUCUUUUCGAUGGAUCUGCCGUUUAUCCCACCCCAAUUCGCAAACUUAGGAGCUUAGGCAGUGCUUCACGGAACUUACAACGGUCUUUCGGCGGCAUAUUGGGUACAGGGCGUGGCUUCAUCAGGGAUCAUUGCACAUCAUGGCAAGACCAAACUGCAGAUUUCUAUAGCAGCGCAGAGGAUUAUCAUGAGCUACCCCCCAACGCUCCUCCGUUCUGUACAGCAGCGUGUAACACCAACCCCAUGGUUGCUGUCGGCGACGAAGACGGAUGGCUUCAUCUUCUGGAUACUGAUGAGGCCUCCCCAUCCAACUUCGGCAAAGCAUUUAUAUCAUGGAGAGCCCACACCAAUGCUGUAAUGGAUGUGCAAUUCUCAGCCGAUGACUCGUACAUAGCCACAGGCUCUGGCGAUCAAACUGCUCAGAUCAUUGAUGCCCGGACUCAGCGAACUGUCAGUGUUCUUGCUGGGCACAAAUCGUCUGUCAAGCAGGUGCGCUUUCAGCCUGGUACUGACAAGGUCGUGGCUACAUCCAGCCGCGAUGGCGCAGUUCAAAUUUGGGAUUUGAGAUACAAAGGCGGCCAAGUUCAUAUCCACUCCGCUUGGGGUGAGGAUGCGCCAUACGCGAGAUCAAUACGCAAAUUUGCCGCAGCCCAUGCCGAUACCAAUAUAUCGCCUCUCUCUACCAAAAAUGCUGUCCGUGGAAAGAGUGAGGUACAGAGCCGGCGAAACGACAUAUCAGUCACUGCUCUAUCCUUCAUGUCCACUGGCCGUGAGCACCUACUGUUGACUGCAUCUGAUGCUUCAACGAGCAUAAAAUUAUGGGAUAUCCGCGGUAGUCGAUAUUCAUUGCGUGCCCCCGACGCACCAAUCGCUACUACCAGGAUACCCGAGUCACACACCCGACAUCGUAAUUUUGCAAUCAAUUCUCUAACUAUGGGUGGUGAUGCAUCACGCCUGUACGCGCUGAGCAAAGACAAUACUGUCUAUGCUUAUUCUACGAGCCAUCUCGUCCUCGGAACUUCACCUGAUCUAUCGUUGUCCUCAACCUCCUCAAACCAAUGCCAAACGGGCAAGGAAGGCCUCGGUCCGAUGUAUGGCUUCCGACAUCAAAAAUUCCACGCCGGUUCGUUCUAUGUAAAGGGGGCUCUUCGGAAGGCCACUGGUGAUAUGCCCGAGAUGCUUGCUGUCGGCAGCACCGACGGAUGUCCUGUCUUGUUUCCUACCGAUGAAACAUUCCUGAAGCGCGAAAGCCGCCAUGAGGAUGAAGAUGACCUGCCCGGACUGCGUCCAACACUCUCUCGGUCUUCGAGCAGUGGAAGAUACCCAAGCAUGCUCGCGGACACUAUUCCCAUCUAUGAACACGGCACAUCUUUAAUCCGGGGGCAUGAGCACGAAGUCACUGGUGUUUCUUGGGCUCAGAACGGUUCGCUGAUUAGUGUGAGCGACGAUCAUAUUGUACGAAGGUGGAAACAAGGGCCAACGGCCCGAACACUGAGGAUGAAUGGUGAAGCUGAGGGUCGACGCUGGCAAUGCGGAUGGGCUGAUGUGCCUGCCGGCUAUGAUGAUGACGAAUGA